AUGGGUGCUGAUUCCAGAAAAAUCCCCCCAUUGCCUGCGCCCACCGAGACCGACACCGCGACGCCCACCGAGCUGGCUACCGAUGUGUCCAAGCCUGGCGACGAAAAGUCUACCUACUCUCUGCCCGAGGACGGCACGCCCGUAACCAUCCGCACUCGCGGCCACAAAGCCAACAAAUCUCAGACUUCGCUCCUCAUCGAGUACUUUGAGGGUGGCAAGGUCUCCUCUGGCUCGGCCGAACGCAAGCCCAGCGUCCGUGUUCGCCUUACCCCGUCCAAAAAGGGCAAAGGCGACCAUUUCCAAGUCACAGAAACAAAAGGCUCCCGCAAAGUCUCGCUGACUCGCCGCAUACCCCUCGAACAAGCCACUUCAGGAGACCUGCAGCUUCCUGAAGGCGAAGACGCUCAUAGCAUGACGUCCUACGCCUCUGCCACCGAGGAGUCCAAUGUCUCCAGGAACCCCAUUGAUAUUGAGAUCGAGCGAAGCCACCGCCGGCGCCGACCCGCAAGCCCGCUGAUUCCCUCAGAAGACAGAGUGUCAUACCAGCCGGGAAACCCCUCCGAGAUAUCCGCCAUCCCCACAGACAGCUUUCUGGAUGGUACGGGUCCCAUGAGCGAGGUCAAGCACUCAAAAGGCGACAUGCUGGCCGGAGCUGCUGCCACGGCGCUGGCUGGCGCAGCUGUUGGUGACGCCCUGCAUAACCGCAAGACACGAAGUAGCGACAAGGAGCGAUCCAAAAUCUCAGAGCGGUCUAGAGACAAGUCGUUGCCCGCGGACAAGAAGCGCCGCUCUAAGAGCAGGACAAGUAGCAUGGGAGAGCAAACGAGCGACGAAGUCCGCUCUCCGCGUCGCCGUUCCAGUCGGACUCAGCAAGAAUCGUAUGUUUCUGGAGGCGACUCGAGUCUACUCUCAUCGAACUUGUCUGCUGGCAACCGCUCUGUCAAGUCAGGGGCCUCCAAAUCCUCUUCCAUCAAUAACCCAAAGCUUCUGGAAACUGUCGAAGACGCGAUUCGCCGUCUUAUUCUGCCAGAGCUGAGCGCGCUCAAGAGAGAACAAAGCAAGCGCGAAGGCCGCCGCUCAUCAAUCGCCUCGACAGGCACCUCUGUCUCCAGAGAUGACGGCUACACAGAGAAGAGGCGAUUAUCAGGUCAAAAAAGCGAUGUUUCCAAAGAAAAUACUCGACACAAGGAAAAACGCAACCGAGAAGCUCGCCACGACUACGAAAAUAUAUCCAUGCACAGCCCGAGUCAAGAAUCUCUCGGCGCCGAAUAUUUAUCACGCGAAGAAGCUGUUGCGUCACCUCACCGUGGCGGCAACUUGCUAAGAGCUGCCGCUGCUGGUGCAGCUGGAGCAAUGGCCGCCAAGGGUCUUUCCUCGGCCUUGGAUGAUGGCACCGACUCAAUGGACCGAAAACAGAGAGACAGACGCCGUCGGAGAACGGACCAUUCCCGAAGUCGCAGCGUUGGUAGAGAUGUCUAUGUGGACGAUUAUGAUGACGAGGAGCCGGCUCCGCCAAUGCCAUUGAUGAGCGAUGUUAAUCCUUCCGAAGUCACAAGGACUUCGAUUCUCUCCGCCGACACAGACCGACCUCACUCUGCCACCGAGGAAUUGGGGCCCACGCGCGAGGUCCAGGAACACAUGGUAUCCGUGCGGUCAACGCCAACUCCAUCUAGGUCGCCUGCGGACCAUUUGAAGCCCAUGUCCAUGCAGCACGCCAAUGUGUCUCACGGCGACUUGACUAACCUCCCUCGCGGUCAGAUGGAGCACGUUGAAGAGUACGAGACGGACGAAUUUGGCCGCAAGGUGCCCGUCAAUCAAUAUGACUACUAUGGAGGCCAAGCCUCGCGAGAAGUGCCAGAAUACGACGAUUAUGCCAACGACCCCUACGCCAACAACCUCUACAACAACAUCCAGGACGUACCUCCGCCUCUCAAGUACGUGCCAUAUCAGGCUGGUGCUCGCGGCCUGAGUCCUAUUCCUAGCGUCUCGGGUUACACCGAAGGGGGGAGCGAGGCCCCGCUGCCACGGAAUUCUAGGAGCAUGCAAUCUGUCGAUGCUUUCUCUUCCCCUGAAAAAUCCCCCGAUCACAGACGCCAAGCGCACUCCAUCGACUCCAUCGACUCUCUCCAGCUCGGCAGCCCGGCACCCCAGUUCGCUGCUGGUCAAGAAGUCCGCGGUAUUUCUGCCAACCCCAAUCUCGUCAACCCCCCUCUUGGUGUUGAGUCUGCCGUUGCUUCCCUUGUUGAUGGCUCUAUGCUGGAGCAAUCUGUUGUCACAGGGAUGUCGGGCUAUGAAAACGGGGCUGGCACAAGGGACUCUGCGCUCUCGUAUGACGAGGUUCCGCGCAGUCGCGGCGCCAGUGCUAGUCCAGAUAAGAUGUCCAUUGACGACGUAAGGGAGCUAGAAGAGGAGGCACGCCACACGCCGACUUCGAGAUCGAUUGCACACUCUCAGGAAUACUCUGAAUACGAUCUUGAUGAGCAUGGCAGAAAGAUCCCGCGUGUUCGUUACCGCAAUUCGCCAACAGCAUCCGAAGCUGCCAUCACCGCCGGUGCUGUUGGUGCUGCGGCGGCCGCCCUUAAGGCUGCCCAAGAGAGAAAGCAGGUUGGCAUUGAGACAUACGAGGAUGAAAACUUCCAGCCUGCUGGUGUCAACAGAAACAGAUCAUUCAAGGAGCGGGCGAUGGGUUGGAAGCCAAGGGAGACUCCCACGCAUAGUGUUGACAACUUCGACUACGAGGAUGAGAGUGCACCACACAUGACUGCCAGCGGUAUGCCCGACAUGACCAAUCCCAUGCCCGAGAUUGGCUACCACCUGGAAGACGAUAUCAUCACAAACCCCUCUCUACUCAACGAACCAAUGGACCGUGACCUGCCCAACUGGGAUACGAUCUCCGGAAAGGCGACGCCUACACCGAGAACGGCUGGUGUCUAUAACCAGACUGCUGGCGAAUCAAGCAAAAUGGGCAUGGGCCUGGCUGCUGGCGCGGCAGCACUGGGAGCCGCAGCACUUGCGGCGCACAACCGUGACCAGGAACCUGAAGAGGACUGGGGACGAACCUCUGCAGAGCGCAAGCGGGAUACCCUCAUCACGAACCCUUAUGAGGAUGCCAGCCCCAUUGCCAACCCUGCUCUCGAAAAUGAUAUCCUGGAUCGCGGGGGAGUGAAUGCAGGCUACACUACGCCGUACGGCACUGCCAGCCCGGGUCUUGCCCAAAAGUACGACGAGGGCUACAUGUCAAAUGGCCCGAACCGAUCGCCCGACGUUGCUGGCAAGUCUCUCGAUGUUGCUGGCGCAGACAAUCUCGACGAGGAUCCAUUCUACGUGCCUAACAAGUCGAACCCUCGGCACCUGAGUGGCUUUUCCCAAGGCAUGCAGUCACCAUUCUAUGACGCCGCGACUGGAGCUGGCAUUGAGAGGAUUGAGAACAAGGACAUUGUUGCUCUGAUGCAGCAUUUGAUGGUCCGUGAUGCUCAAAGAAGCGCAAGAGACACGGAGAUUGUAGCUCUUUUGAUGAAUGCUGCCGUGGAGAUGCGCAACUCGUUCCGUGAGAUGAAGGAGCUCGUCCAGGACACUGGUGACGAUGUCAUCUUUGCCAAUGUUGAAAAUACCGAAAAGCUCCAGAAGUCCAUCAGUGGCCCCCGCCCCUUCCCUGGCACCGCCACUCGCUCCCUGCAGAGCGCUUCUCAGGCUGGCACUCUUGAUGAAGCGACCAAGAAGAAGAACCUUUGGAAACGAGCACUUCAAGGUCUUAGCGCCAAGGGCACCACUGACCUCACCCGCAUCGAAGACAUGCUUGUGCAUCUCCUGGGCGAGGUGGAUGUCCUUAAGUCGCAGACCGCUCCUGCUAUUUCUACCGGCGGACAAGGUCAGUCUUUUGAGAACCUCCAGCCCGAGGUUCAGUACGAACAAGACAAGGGAUACGAGCCGGAAGGCAAUUCGACGCCUAGCCAUGCCAGUGUGCCCCGGGGCCCAGUUGCGGGAGAGCACAAAUACUCGGACCACAGAAUUAGCACAGUGCCGGAGCAGGACGAGGAUGAGGAGGAGUACGACUAUGAUCUCCCAAGCGCCACGACGGCUAAGCCCAACCCUGAUCUGCUCUCACCCGGCUAUGGCGAGAAUCUUCAACGCGGAGGCUCCGUCCCGCUGGAGACGUCACCGCAAACCUCAUCAGGGGCGCAACAAACUGCUCUCAGCGCCGACAACACACCACGUAGCGAAAAGGGAAAGAAACAUAAAUCCACCAGCUCUUCAGGGUGGAUCCCCAAGAUCUCGCGCUGGUCGGAGACUACUGCGUCGAGCGUCGGCCGGGCCUUCCGCGGCAGUGGCGGCGCCUCUAAAAAGGGGUCCAAGUACGAUGAGUACCAACCUCCGUCACGAUCGGGGUCCAGCCUAGCUUCAUAUGAUGACGCCUAUGUUGAGCACGAUCCUUAUGGCGAGGACAAGUUACACACGGGAUUCUCAGACCCAACUCUCACCCAAGCGCGUGCCGGCCCCGCGCAGCCAACAGUGCCAUCCUUUAGCCUGUCUGAGGACCCUAAGUACAAGGCACACCGCAACUCGGUUAACCUGCAGCACCCGCAGCCGAGACAAGCCCAGACAGAGCGCCAUCAGGCAGCGCUCGAAUACUCGGCUCGCGAGUAUGACAACCCCAUGACGCCGCGCUCGACCGACUGGGCCGGUUCGGCGACAAGCCUCAGCCGCCUGCCGCCCAACACAAACCGAUACAGCGCAUCGUCUGGUGCCACGAGAGAUGCUGACUAUGCACUGUCGUCACCCAAGCAGCAGCCUGCGCCGCCACGGCCCCCGAAGGAGCCGCUCGAUGCCUCGCUACAGACGCCGGUCAAGGGCAACCGGGUCGCAUCGCUACAAAAGAACAGCCCUCAGGCGCACACGAGCUACGAAAGCGGUUAUGGCAGCGCCACUGGCACGUAUGCCAGCCAAAUGACUGCAGACGGCAGCCCGAAGCUUGAGAACCGCAACCUCAACGCUGCGCUUGGGAUCCCGGCCCGCCGGCCUAGUGGUCCGCGGGCAAUGACACCCAAGAGUCCCGAGGAGGAGGCAGCCAGAGAAGAGAGACGACGAAAGAGAGAUACGUUCGGGACUAUGACGAGCCAGGAGACUGACACCUUUUAA